AUGGCUUGGCGGCGUCCUUACAGCGAGCGCCCUGCUUCUUCUCUUGGGGGAAAUGAACGUCAAGCCAAACAUCCGACAACAGCUGGAGGUGUUUAUAUUAGCGAAAAGGGUGGUAAUGAUGCGCCAGCGACAUACCAAGACGCCUCUGGCGCUCCAAUUGAGAGCGAAUCUCCGCUCGGAUACUCUGUCGGUCCUGUCACAAUUACUCUCUUGAACAUCACCAUGAUGAUUGGUGCUGCAUCCUCCAUUCUGUCUGGUACCGGGUCUGUCGGAGUCAGUUUGGUCUACUGGACCCUUGGUUACUUGAUCUGUCUUGCAUCUGGUGCAGUAUAUCUGGAAUACACUGCAUAUUUCCCCAGCCGAUCGGGCUCGGAGGUGGUGUUCCUCGAACAGGCCUAUCCCAAUCCGAAAUGGCUAUUCCCUACCACUUUCGCAGUCCAAAGUGUCAUUCUCUCGUUCGGAAGUGCCAAUGCCACCGGUAAAUCUUCCCUUGUGUAUUGUAUUGGUUCUAGUGUUAAUCAGCUCCAUAUGACAGUCAUGGCCAAAUACCUGAUUGCCAUUUCCGGUCAUGAGGGCACGAAUUGGCAAAUCAAAGGAACUGCCCUGGCUUGUUAUACUCUAGCAACUUUGACUUUGGUUUUCAACACCAAAUACGCCUAUUGGUUCUCGAACGCCGUUGGGGUGGUCAAGAUCUGCACCCUCCUUUUCGUUAUUGUGACCGGCUUUGUUGUUUUGGGAGGCAACACCAGGGUUGAGAACCCCAAGCUCAACUUCCAAGAUGUUUGGUCAGGCAGUUCGAAUGCUUCGGCGUACGGCUUCACGACGGCUUUAUAUCGUAUCAUCUUUUCCUAUGGAGGGUACAACAACGCCUUCAACGUUGCUAACGAGGUCAAGAAUCCCGUGAGAUCGCUGAAAAUCUACGCCACAACUGCUCUUACUGUGGUUUAUGUGCUAUACAUGUUCGCGAACAUUGCCUUUUUUGCGGCCAUUCCGCAAGAGGAGAUUAAGGGAUCCGACCUUACAACAGCGGGUCUCUUUUUCGAAAAGGUUUUCGGCAACAGCGGUGCCAUUCGUGGCCUUAACUUCCUCAUCGCCUUGGCCUCUUUUGGAAACAUGAUCGCCGUUAUUAUUGGAAUAUCGCGUCGCAUUAGAGAAUGCGGUCGACAGGGCGUCCUACCUUGGACCACCUUUUGGGUCUCAACUAAGCCUUUCGGCACAACCUUAGGUCCAUAUGCUGUCAUUUGGGCUCUGACCUCGCUGAUGAUUCUUGCAAUCCCGGCAGGGGAUGCUUUCACUUUCAUGAAUGAUCUAAACAUCAUCCCGAACGCUGGGUUCAAUCUGGCAAUGGCUCUAGGUAUUUACAUCAUUCGCUGGCGUCGCAAGCAGGCGAAUCUCCCAGAGCCCGAAUUCAAAGCCUGGCAUAUUGUGAUCUUGUUCAACGUUCUGAUACAGCUGUACCUCCUUGUGAUGCCUUGGUAUCCUCCCAGUGGUGGCCAGUACGCGGGCGACGUGAGCUUUUGGUAUGCGACGUCUGCUGUGACGGGUAUUGCAAUCCUACUUGCGUGUGGUACCUAUUAUUGGUUCUGGGCCUUCCUCAUUCCCAAGUGGAAGGGGUAUAAGCUACGACAGGAACUCAUCCACCUGGACGGCGGAGCUCAAAGUAAUCAGCUCAGGAAAGUUCCGAUCGCCGAUCUGGAAGAAUGGGAUGCAACUCAUGAUGAGACCGGAUGCAGAAUCGACUCUUCGAUCGAGGAGAUUCAAGUCGACGCCAAGUUUGAUGGGAGUUCGACGGACAGCAACAGAGGUUACGACCAGAAAGACAAGAAGAGCCCGGAUACCAUCUCGGAUGCAUUGGUGUAA